AUGUGUUUAAACGAUGUUUACUGUUAUAUUUUUAUUGCAGUGUGUCAAUGCAAUCAAACAUUGAAUCUUCUUGCACGUUCUGAAUAUUUUCGACUUGAAACCAAUGUCGAUGAUGAUCAAUUAAUUCUUACUAAUCUAUUUACUCCACCACAUAUUUUAACACUCAUUCGAAGUAAAUUAACAGUACCGACAUUGACAUUAUCCCUUGUCAAAGGUCCUGUUGAUCUUACGUCAAUUGGUGUUGGUAGCCAAGCAGGUGAAUUCAAUGCUUAUGUAACCUUGCAUAGUUCAUUGGGUGGUGGUACAACAACUAUUGGGCCUAUUAAGUCUAACCAAGGUGUUAUUAACCAAUGCUUCCUAAGGGUAGAUAUUAUCAAAUUGGAAUUUUUCAGUUUACCUAUAUCAACUUCGAAGCAAGAUGUUCCCAUCGAGUUAAUAACAUGCGAACAUACAUUGCCUUGUAAUUGCACUCCAUUAUAUGAUAUAAUGCAAGAUCCAAAUUAUUUAGAACGAAUCGAAGUAAGUGAAACAAGUGAACAAUUAAAUACAUUACACGAUAUGAUAAUACAUAAUAAUAAAACUGGUUUUCAAUUCAAUCCAUCAAUAACAUCACGCUACUUUCGAGUUUAUUUUAAAAAACCAAUUCCUAUUGCACUUGUUCAAGUUUUAACACCUCGAAGCAAUGUUAAACAAAUACGCUUAUCUUAUUUCGAUCAUUAUAAUCAAACAAUAAAAAAUCCAGCAUUACAAGGAUGGCAAGUAAAUCAUGUUAGUCAGUUUGGUCGAGAAAAUAAUUCAUUGGAUAAAUUAUGUCCAAACUUUUUAUUUCACGGUAUUCGAGUGGAUCUUUUACAAACAGAUUCUUCAUCUUCAUUAGUUCAUAAUGCAACAUUAAAAGUGCAUAUACGAACUUGUGAUGGAAUAGGUGGACGAAUACCAUUAUGUGCUGAAACAAAUAUAAUGCAUCCAUACAAUUUAGAAACAUAUAAAUUUUUAUCACUUGAAUGUUUUUCUGACAUGGCACAAGCUUAUGAAAAUCUUCGUGGUGAAAAAUGUCGAUCAAACAAUCCGGAAAUUUUAAUUAAGUUUCAACAACCAAAUCGAGCAUAUAUUUCAAAAAUUGAAAUUCAACGUGAAAACAUUCAAUAUUCUGGAAAUGUUCGACAGAUUGAAGCAGUAUUUUUUGAUGCUAACAAUUCACUUGUAUUGGAUGAAAUUACUGGUGAACCAAUCCGAUGGACAUCACCAGAAGAUGAACCAGUUAUUUUGGGUCAUUUUCAAGAUGUGCGCGGUUUGAUAUUAAAAGUAUUAAAAACUGAUAAUGAUGAAAAUGUUCGAGGACUCCGUGUUAAAAUAACUGGUUGCUAUUCAGCUGCUAAAUUAGCAACAUAUAUCAUUCAGGAGCCAACAACUCGAGCAGGUCUUACUACAUUGAGUUCAUGUCCAAAUCCAAUUGAUUUAAUGGCUAAUCCUUCGAACAAAAUAAAUUAUAUGGAUCUAAAUGGAGAAGUUAUAUCCGAUGUUAGUUCAAUUUCAUCUUUAUCAACAGGAUUGACUGCAAAAUCUGGAAAUAAACUUCAAUCAUGGACAAUUUUUACAAAACCAAUUGAUGGCAUAACAAGUAUUGGUUUGAUUAAUUCACCAAAUAUUAUAGGACCAAUUCAAUAUAAAUUAUAUGAUAGUUUUGAUACUUUAAUUGAAGCUAAUGGAAGUUAUGUUGGACAAAUUGUUCCUAUUAAUGCCGAAUAUAUUGAACGAAUUGUUGUAACAACAAGUCUACCUACUAUUGAUGGUCAACCCCCUGAAAAUUUAAAGCUUGUUUUAAAUGGCUGUUUUAAAGAAGAACAAUUAAGAACAAAAGCUCAGAUUGAAAAUGUUGAAACUACAACAAUUCAAGCGACAACAAAAUUCGCUCAUCAACCUUUGUGUGACGAAACAAAUAUUCUUAAACGAGAAAAUGUUAAAGAAUUUUCUUCAAAUGAUGUUAUGUCGGAUUUAUCAAAUGCAUAUAUUAAUAUGAAAGGUGUUACAUUUCCAGUUUUUCAACCAAAUAUAACAAUAAAAUUUCUUUCAAAUAAUGCUAUUGUUACAAAAAUGUAUGCGCAAGUUGAGUAUCUAACAUAUACAAGUAAUAUUCGACAAAUUUGUGUUACAUUAUAUAAUAAUAAUUCAACACAAUUAACUUAUCCAAAUGGAACACUUGUACCCUUAUUAAAAUCACCCAUAGAUAAUCCAGUCAUUGAAGGAUGGUUUGAAGGUGUUAACAGUAUUCAUGUACAAUUAUGUGAUACUAAUGAUGGACUACCACCAAAAAGAUUUCGAUUUGCUGUUAUCGGUUGUUAUGCAUCACAGGUUACAUAUAUCUUACCACGAUCGACAGAGUUUUCUAAACAAUUAACAACAACACCUCCAUUAUUUUGUUUAAAUGAUCGUCACGAUGCUAUGCUUAAUCCAUCAGAAUGGAUUGAAAGUGCAGCAAUAAAUGGUUUAUCUAUACCUGCAUUUGAUGUUAUAUCAUUAUCUCAAUUUACACCAAAUUCAGGUGGUGUUACAUUUGACAGUCGUUCUCCAUUACCAAUGAUUGAUUUAAUUCCACGUGGACAACGAGGUUCUUUUGCUACAUUAGGUUUUAAUUAUAAUUCAAAACAAAUAACUAACAUUCAAUCAGGACAAAUUAUAUUAACAUUAAAAGAAGGAACAAAACAAAUUUAUUCAUUAAAUGGACCAAAUAAUCUUCUCAUAACGCCUUAUCUUAAUUAUGAUGUUACAAAAGUAACGAUGGAAGUUUUGAGCACAACAGAUGGACAGCCAGCAAAAAAUGUUGAAAUUAUUGUUUAUGUUUGUGGAUCAGGUGCACCGGCAUCAACAACAACACCAAAUCCGUUGUCCAACAUUCCACAUGCUUGCCCAAAGAGUGAAAGUCUUUUAUCAGUACCUGCAUCAUAUAUUCAAUCAAUAAAAGCUAAUAAUGAAUUAGUUGAUAAAAACAGAUUUCAAGAUAAUACAACAACAGGUUAUACAUUUACUUCAAAUGCAAAUGAAUAUUUAAUUACUGUUGAAUUUCUUCAUUCGUUGACCGUCGAUCGUAUGGGAAUUUUACAAGGAACAAGUGGAACAAACGUUGAUGCAUUUGAUGUGAUAUUAGAUCAAUCACCAGACUAUCCGGAAUAUUCAGGCCACGUUGGAGCAUUAAUUGUAGCCGAUGCAAGUGACACCGAUCGAUCUGCUAGUUUAACAUUUCGUGUAAAAGCUACAACUGAUGGACAACCACCAAGAAAUGUUCUUAUUUACAUUGAAGGAUGUGAUUCUAGUCCACUAAGAACAAAAGCUCAAGUUGAAGAAAAUAGUUCAACAACCAAAUCAGCUAUUUGGUGUCCAAUAACAAAUAUAAUGCAACCGGAAAAUAUGGCUGAAUAUUAUUCGCCUGAUGCAUUAUCUGAUCUUUCAAAUGCAUAUGAAAAUCGAAAUGGUGUGUCAUUUCCAUUAUCUCAAACACCGACGAUUCGUGCAUAUUUUAAUGCACCUGUCAGUAUUUCAACUGUUGCUUUACAACCAACAUAUAAAACGCGUACAUCAAAUAUAAUUAAAUAUAGUUUGUACUAUAUAACAUGGGACAAUACACCAUAUAUUGAUCCAACAACAGGAAAAGUACUGACAUUUACCACAUCCGAUGAAGAUACAAGUUUAACAAUUCAACAUGAUAUGAUUAAUAAUUUGAAAGGAUUUAAUUUAACUAUUCUUCAAACAAAUGGUGGAAGACCCACUUGGUUUCGUUUGAAAGUCUUAGGUUGUUAUAAACCAAGAGUAACUUAUUUUAUACCAAUGACAACAAGACCUUCUGAAACUCAAAUAACAUCAGCAACAAAAAGAUGUACAAAUCCAACUGAAUUAACUCAAUUGAGUAAUAUACUUUUUUCAAACGUUAUUAUUCAAAAUGAAAUACAGACACCAUCUAGUAUACCUUCACCUCUUGUUGUAAACAAAUUACCUUUUCAAAUUGAUAUUGAAUUUAUCAGUCCAGUUGAUAUUGAACAAGUUCGUUUUGUUAACGGUGAUCAAUCGAAAUUAAGUGAAAUAGGAGUAAUUGCUGAUGUUAUGAAUGACUAUGUUUAUAGUACAAGCCCGACAUCGAAUGAAGUAUUAUUUUCAUCAACAAUCGAAUAUGUAUCAACUUUAACCGUUAAAUUGAUUAAUACCACAGAUAACUCAUUACCGAACAAUUUAAAACUUGAAAUUUUCGGUUGCUAUUCAGCACAACAUCAACUAUUAACCAAAGCACAAGUUGAAGCAGAUGAAACAACAAUAAGCACAAAGCUAAUUGGUAGUACAAUCGCUGAAUCAAUUUCGUGUCCAAAGACAAAUAUUUUAACUCGUGCUAAUAUGCGAACAUAUUCAUCACAUGCAGCUCCACUUUCUGAUUUUUCACGUGCUUAUGAAAAUAUGCGUGGCGAAGAUUUAACAACAGAAGGGCCAUAUAUAAUUAAUUUAUUUUUUAAUAAUCAUAUUUGUGUAUCAGAUGUGCUUGUACAACGAACAGCACUUGGACGUCAACCAUCAAAUGUCGCAAAGAUUGAGGUUAGUUAUAAAACAAGUGAUAAAACUGAUUUAAAAACAUCCGAUGGAAAAACAAUUGUUAUUCAAUCACCUGACGAUAAUCCAACUGUUACAGAAAAUCAACUUCGAUGUAAUAUUCAAGGAAUUGAUGUGAAAAUAUUAAAAACCACUGAUCAAAAUAAACCAUCUUUUGUUCGAUUGAUGGUAAUUGGUUGUUACGGAUCAAUUAGUACAGUUCUGCCUUCAGCUGGCGUCUUCACGACAAUACCAACUACUUCAAUCAUUACUACUGGCCGUACUAAGAAAACCAGCCCAACUCGAAGUGUUAUUGAUGAAUCAGUUUGUACAACACCAGUCGAAAUGGUCAGUUCGAACGAUUAUUAUUUUUCACCAAUAAUAUCUGACGGAGUACAGUAUGAGAAACCUCCUUUUCCUAAUUUGUUCAAUAUGACAACAUCUACAAUGACGAUUGAAUUUUAUACUCUUGAACCAUCUACUAUUACAUCAGUUUCUGUGCUCAACCCAAAUGAGUCACAAGUUACACAGAUGACUGUUGAAACUGAUUAUGAUACUUAUACCAGUACUAAUCUAGAAGGAUUACAAGUCAAUUUCAUGCCUAAUGUUGAAUUUAAUACUGGCCUGAUAAUUACGUUGACAACAACAAUGCCAAAUAUAAUUUUUCCGAAAACAAUAAAGUUAGCUAUUUAUGGUUGUGGACAACCAAAUAGGUUAGCAACUAAAGCACAAAUAGAAGACUCUUCAACACAGCAAUAUAAACCAACAACUGUUAACAGAACUAGCCUUACCGAUAACUUGCAAAGUAAGUCAUAA